CACUUUCAUUGGUCUCAUGCAUGACUGUAUGAGUGUUGUGUCGUUCACUUCUCAACACAUUUCUGUUUCGAACACUUGGAAAGAUGACUUGAAUUUUUAAUCUUUUCGUUUAAGUUAUUUAACUCAAAGUGAACUAACAUAAAGCAUUUCUACGUUGAGUUACAACCCGAAAACAUUUUGUGGAGUUCACCUACCUAUACGUGGUGGUCUGUUUAUCUUACCAGGUGGACAUUGGUGACAGUAUACUAGAGUGACGGGAGGCCAAACAUGUCGAUCGUUUGGAUUUUCGGAAGCUGGGCGAGUUGGAACAAACUCAAAGGGAAUGAUGACGACGACUGGAUAGAUCGUAUGAACCAUCUUUACACAGUAGUGUUACUGUGCAUCUUCGCCGUGUUUACUGGUGGCGGCCAAUAUGUCGGGGACCCCAUCCAAUGUUGGUGUCCCGCACAAUUUACGGGGUCGUAUGUCUCGUAUACGAAAUCCUAUUGUUGGAUUAAAAAUACUUACUAUAUACCGAUGGAUGAUAGCAUCCCGGAGGCGUAUGAGGCGCGUGAUAAAGAAGAGCUCACUUAUUACCAGUGGGUGCCAAUCAUUUUAGUGUUCAUGGCUUUUAUGUUCAAGUUCCCAUGCUUAGUCUGGAGAAUGCUGAACGGAUACAGUGGAAUCAACGUCCAGAGAAUCGUCAACAUGGCCGCCGACACCCAGUCCAGCGAACCCAAGAAACGGGAUGAGACCGUGAAACACAUCGCUGUUUACAUCGACCGGUGGCUGGACACUCACCGCCAGUACCAAUACAACUUCGUGGUGCGCAUGCGUCAAAAAGCAUCGAAGGUAUGUUGCUUGCUAUGCAACAAGAGGGACGGAACCUUCCUCAUAGGACUUUACAUGUUCGUCAAAAUUCUGUACUGUGUCAACAUCAUUUGCCAGUUCUUCAUUCUGAACGGGUUCAUGGGACACGACUUCUACUCAGCUUACGGACUAGAGGUUAUGGGAGAUCUCGCCAGCGGCUCAUCAAUUCGUGAAUCAACGAGAUUUCCUCGCGUAACAUUGUGUGAUUUCGAUAUCCGCCAGUUGCAGAAUCUUCAGCGAUGGACAGUACAAUGUGUCCUUCCUAUCAAUCUCUUCAACGAGAAGAUCUUCAUCUUCCUGUGGUUCUGGUUCGUGUUCGUAGCCGUCCUUACCCUCGGUAAUUUCUGUUUCUGGGUAUGGCGAACAGUCGUCAAACAGAACAGAGUAGCAUACGUCAAAAAGUUCUUGAAGGUCAAGGAUCAAUUACACGGAAAUGACGACAAGAAAAUCUGCAAGUCUUUCGCCGACGACUAUCUGCGCGAUGAUGGUCUAUUUGUAUUGCGUCUUGUAGCCAGGAAUUCAAACGCCAUUCUCCUCACAGAUUUAGUAAUGAAUUUAUGGGGAAUCUAUCGCGAGAAAGACUCUGUGAAAAAGAUGGCCGAGGACUAUGAACCUCAUCCAUGAUUUAGACAUUAGUUUAGCACGAAUACGAGGUGUUCUACUCAAUAACUGCCAUCAUGACAUUUCGUGCCGCAUUUUUACGGUGCUCGCCGACCAUGCGCGCUGACCAUGCGCAUUGGCUAAAAAAAUGAACGGAGAACAAAUAUUGUAACAUUUCCAGAGAAAAUAAUCAACAUUCCAAAAUGGGUUGAUCACGUGUAAAUACGCGAUAUUGGCUUGCUUGAAUGUGGAUGACGUUUUCAUGUGAUGGGAAGUCAAUAUGACGUGUUACGUGACUUUGUCAUCUGUUUUGUCAUGUGACGACGCGUCAGAAGUCGGUGUUAAUGAACCAGCUGUGUUACACACAAUGAGGGACAGGAACUGUUUUGGAGGGUAGCAUAUCGAACAAACGCCAGGGACUCACUAUACUAGUCACGUGUCGAAUAUUACGAUGUUUGCCAAGCGUCUAUUACACCUAGCCCAGUUUCAUCAUAGUCUCGAUAAAGCUCAAACCUAGCUUGCAAACACACAAAGUUAAAAUGUAAUUUGAUAUUUUUGAUGUUUUUAUCAUUUUUUUUUUUAAAGUUUUAUCAAAAUGGACAAAAUUGAACUCGAAAGAUUUCUUAAAAUCUUAAAACAUAAACACAAGUAUUAUUAGGACGAUACCGAUGUGUGAAUGUUGUGUUUGAAAUAGGGAUUCGUGUAAUGGCGCAAACACGGCUACUGUAAAGUGUUCAUAUUGCCUUGAACUUCCAUGUUUCACUUCCGGUUGUGUUCUUCCGGAAACGGGAAUAAUAGCUUAUGAAAAAUAUUGAUUGCUUAUCGGAAUCCAGAGCAUCUUGCCAAGUGUCACGUGUAUGUUGUUACAGAGCGUGAAGCUAUUUUAGUACUGCUCAAUACCUUUCUCUUUGUUCAUAGAUUCGAUUUUUUUAAAGCUUAACAAAUCCCAGUUGAAAUUCUGGCUUAGUUUCUGUAGGUACGCUAAAUCAAUCGGUAAUAUGAUUUCCAGAAAAGAUAUACGCAAUUCAUAGUUUUAUUUUAUUACAUUCAUAAACAUAACAUCAUCGGAUCGUGUGCAUAUACGUCUUUGUGGAUUGUCCUGUUGUAGACUAGAUAAAAUGUACAAGUCAUGAUGCUAUUAAAAAAGGAAGGGCGAUAAAUAAUCAACGAAUGAUUUCUUUUUGCAGUGAAGCUUUUAUAAAUGAUAUGCGGUUGUUUCAGAUUUUUUUUCUCUCAUAAUUUAUCGUUUUUGUCCAAUGUUAAAAAUUCUAACACCCGGUUGUACCACAUGGUCACGUGUUCAUGGAUUGGGUGGAUAUUUCAUUCAGACUCAAAGUCGUCAUGCUUCCAUUAUUUUUAAAGCAAGCUUGCCAGUGUUCGUUUCAAAUUUUCGUUGAGGCAUCUACCAAGAUGAAUCUGUGUAUAGCUAGUCUCUGAGAAGACAAUGUUGCCUUGUAUUAUACUAACGAUAAUAUUUCUGUAAACAUGGUCAAGUGAAAUGUUUUUGAUUUUGAAUCAUUUUAAAUGGUCCAGAAUGCUCAACGAAAUCACAACGAACUCAUACUGUGUUAAAUUUUUAAAACCUAUUUAUUGCCAAUUUUCCCUCCCCAAUUCGCAGAGGAAGUGAUUGUUCCAAAUUAUAGUGAAUCUUUUAUUAGAUAUAAAUUUCUGAAGCAGUUAGAUUUUGGGCUUCACGCGAAAUCUGCAAUUUUGAAUUUCGUCUUGUAGGCUAGUUUUCCUAUAACAAUAGACUAGAGAGAUCUCAGAAUACGUGCCUUGGUUGUUAGUAUAGGCGAUUUUUAUGUGAAGUUGUUAUUAGUGUAUAAUAUUGUUACGGCAUUCAUGUUAAACUCGCCAUACACAAAAUUAACCACCAAGUAUUUACCAGAAGGAUACAGAUUAGGUAUUAUAGACAUGUACAUACAUUAAUUAAAACAUGUGAACAAGUUAUUUUUUUAAUUCCAUGCAGUUUUAAUCGGAAAUGACCUUAAUUUUGAUCACGUGAUGUCUUCCAACCUUCCCCGUAUUCCACACGUAGCCAUACUGUACAGUGUAUAUAUACAAUUUGACUGAACCGCCUUCCAUUGUGCGUUCAAAUCGAUUGGAUCAGAUCAAGUCCUCAAUGGGUUAUUUUGGUUGGAACUUGCUGAAAAUGAAUUGACCGUGUAAAGGAAGGCGCUAGGUGUUUUGUAAGAUGACAAUGCUUUAUUUGUACGGCAAGAUUAUUUACUGAUAUCGAUUUAUAUAUUACCAUUGGUCAGUAUAUGGUGGUCACAUGAUUUACCGACUGUCUUUCUGUCUGAUUGGAGAGCGAGAGAACGCACGAGGGAGAAAGAGAAUAAAAGGGUACUGUUACGUAUCGGGGCAUUGACAAAGCUUUUAUGAUAUGUUAACGCUCUUCCUGCACGCAUUUAAUACAGAAUAUACAUUGCCACUCCUAUCUAAAGGGGUAUUAGGCAGACCAUAUGCCAUUUGAUUAUUGACAUCCGGGCAUUUUGCGGUAUUACAGCAAACAUUCCUUAUAUGGUCAAACUCAGAUUCGCCAAAAUAAUCCUGCUAAAGUGGCACUUGGAACGUACGGAAAGUACCGAGAUAUACCGACCGGUUGUUUCCGUUACCGUCCGGAGUACCGAGAUAUACCAAUCGAUUGUUUCCGUUACCGUCCGGAGUACCGAGUAGCAUUUCAUAGUAAUUGCAGUGUCAAAUACUGUUGUUAGUCUUGACAGUUACUUAUCACGCGGGCAUUCUAUAAAUAACUUACACGGGUAUACCUGUAACUUAUUUUGUUUUUAUGACUCGAGAAAUUAUAUACAGGCGCUGUACAUUUUUAUAGGUAGCAUAUAUUUUAUUGUGUCGUUGAGAGCGAUAGGUUGUAAACAGUAUACAUUGCGUGCUUUUGUGUCCUCCGAACGUUAGCUGUAAUAUAACGUGAUUACUAGCCUUUUAGUGUGUGCUAGGUAUAUAUAUGUAUAUGGCGGGUAGUGGUAGGGGACUGUGUACUGGUCGACAGUUCUGAUGUAUAGAAAUAACCCCAGGGCUUCCUUAACUUUACUGUAACGAAAAGGAAGGGAUUUGUGAACGAAUGGAAGUGAGUGAGUACGUGAUAUCUGGAUGCCGACAGUUCACACAGACAUACGUUGUUACCAUAGGAAAUCAAGAGUUACCUGAUAUUAUAGCCACUUAAUUUGUGAUAAA